AUGGUUUCCGAAACUGGUGCACGAGAUAUUUAUGCCUCGGCCAUCCACUUUGAUGGCCUCAACAUCGCCAACUGGUCCCGCGAUGUCUUUGAAUCAUGGCACAAGGGCGGCAUCACAGGCGUUUCCUGCACGUGUAGCCUGUGGGAAGGGCUUCGUGGUAGUCUCGCCAACGUCGUGCAGUGGAAGCGCUGGUUCGAAGAGCACUCGGAUUUGAUUGUACAAGCCCACAGCGUUGCCGACAUCCGGGCCGCCAAGGAGGCCGGCAAAACAGCCGUGCUGCUCUCGUGGCAAAACACAUCCGGCAUCGAGGACCAACUAGACUAUUUGCACGUGUUCCGGGACCUCGGCGUGCGGAAGAUGCAGCUCACCUAUAACACGCAAAACUACUCAGGCUGCGGAUAUUCAGAGGGCCGUGACAGCGGGCUUACGGGUUUCGGACGCGAAGUCAUUGACGAGAUGGCUCGCCUCGGCAUCGUCUGCGAUCUUUCUCACGUUGGACCACAGACUUCUGAAGACGUCAUCCUGUAUGCGCCUGAGGGAAAGCCGCCUUGCUUCUCGCAUGUGCUUCCUGGGGGGUUGGUGGAUCACCCACGCAACAAGUCGGAUCACUUAAUCAAGCUUAUCGGUAGCAAAGGAGGUUUCGUGGGCUUGUCACAGUUUGGACCACACAUGCCCAAGGGCAACGACAGCACGAUUGACGACUAUGUCGAUGUGUUGGACUACGUGAUUGGGCUAAUCGGAGAGGAUCUCGUGGGUAUCGGAUCAGACGCCAGUGAGGGACAUGCAAGGCCAAGUGAGUUCCUGGAGUGGUGCAACAAAGACAAGGGAUACGCGAGGCGGUUGACGCCAUGGGGCAGCCAAAAGGUUGUCAAGCCUCUUGGACCAUUGGCUGAUCGGGCUGAACUGGCUGUGGCAAUGGCAAGGAAAGGCUGGAGCGAGGAAAAGAUGAGAAAAGUGUUGGGUGAGAACUGGUUGAAUUAUCUUGAAAAGAUAUUCAAAUCAUGA